GAAACAACAGGCAACACUGGUUGCUAUUUGUCAAAAUAAUAACGAACAUAAGCAACGCGCGGUACAUUAUGUGCGAUUUUGUAAAUUUAUUCAAUGAAUUUGUCCCGGUAAUACGCCAUGGUGUAUGUCAUAUUCUAUUAAAAUUCAGCGGCUGUGAAUGUUAAGUUUCAAAAACGGGAAUUGACAGAAACUUUUUGUUUGAGAGGCGUAACAAAACAUAGGAUUGCUUGAAUGAGUCAAUUACGCCCAGUAUCACAAUGGAGAGACAGUGUCAUAUGCUUGUGUUGUUGUCGUUGUGUUGGUGGGCGUGCAGCGGUGACCGCGGCGACUAUAUUGGCUGCUACAAGCUGAAUCUGGAAAAUGUCUUAAACACUCAUUCUGGACAAUCGGUGGACGUAUGCCUGUCGGCCUGCGAGCAGGUUUAUUACAAGUACGCGAUAAUAGGUAACGAGUCGACGUGUUUCUGUGGUAACGUGCCUGGUACCAUUCAACUGACAUCAGAAUCUUGCAAUACAACCUGUCCAAAGAAUGAGAGCCAGAAGUGUGGCGGAGACAACGCCGCGAGCGUGUACGACACGGAGGUGCUGUCUCCGGGGCCGCCGACCUCCAUUAACAUUACAAACAUCACUGAGACUACAGUCAGGCUGCGCUGGACCGCCCCCGAGGCUUACACCAAUAUAACAACUUACACUAUAAGGGCUAUUGUCCUGGAAACUUAUGCUGACAUUUCAAUAACAGAUCUUGAGUGGAGAGUAUCCAAUAAGACAUUUAACACAGAGCUGUUAAACUUACAGCCUGGAUCUAAAUACCAGCUUGGCGUGGUUGCGGUCAAUGAUAUAUAUGAAGGCCCCAAUAUUACAACUGUGAUUGAAACAAUAAUAGGAACUCCAGAUCCUAGUCCUCCUGAGAUAGAAAUCAGAGAGAGAAGGGGAGACCGGAUGGUGGUUCACAUUCCAGAGGCAAGGAAUAUCAAUGGUCCUGUUUCUAUGUACAGAAUUGUGGUCUCCAUAGAGUUGUAUCAGCAGGGGUAUAUUGUUGAUAACCUAGGUAACUACAGCUAUGCCAGUGAUCAGGGGCUCCCCUACUACAUCACUGCAGAGUUGGACCCUGAUGAUAUUGAACAUGACUUCAUCAUUGGAGACCGGAGCACCUACAAUGGCUUCUACAAUGCCCCGCUGCCUUUGACUAAUGACAUAGAUGUGUCACUGGGUGUUGUUAGUGAGAAGAAUCAUGUCAAAAGGAUAAGAUAUGCAGAAUCUACAAAGAAAAUUAUACUUAACAUCAAUGAACCUGAAGAGACUUCCCCAAUGGUGAUAGCAUUAGGAGCGGCCAUAGCCAUAAGUGUUGUACUGCUUCUGAUCGGUGUGGGAUUACUUAUCAUACUAAAGAAGAAAAUACAAUUAGCUAGGGAACAAAGGGGCUCACAGUCCAUGCCAUUAAGUCUGAGUGAGCCGUGCAUGGAAAUAGAAAAUUCAGGCUUCAUCCAAGAAGAAGAUGAGAGAGUUGAUUAUUACAGUAAUUUAAAAAGAAAACUUUGGAACAUUCCUAGGAACCUCAUAGACAUUGAUAUCUCUUGUAUUGUGGGAGUUGGCAGCUAUGGCAAGUUCACUAGAGGGAAGGUGCAGCAGCACGGAGCACAGACCCCAGGACUUGUGCAGGUUGUGGCUGACAGGGAGCUAGAGAGGGCUGACAAGAAACUGAUGCUGCAAGAGCUAGAUUUACUUAUUAAAUCCAGUGAAAACGAACAUGUUGUCUCACUUAUAGGAUUCUGUGAAACAAACACCACUCUGUUUGUAGUAUUGGAAGACAAUAAGCUGUGUUUAAAAGAACUGUUGCUUCAGAGCAGACAGAGAGACCUGCAGAACAACAAGUUUUGUCUCGUUCCCGAAAACAGACUGCUGCAGUACCUCGUGGAUGUCGCCCGCGGCAUGGAGUACUUACAUAGCAAGAAGAUACUACACAAGCGCCUCAGCUGUAGGAACAUCGCGCUCAGUGACAACGGUGCCGCGAAAGUGUCGGGCUUUGGUUUGUCGCACAUGAGACCCCUGCACGAGACGCCGGACUACACGCGCUGGACCUCGCACGAGAUGCUACGACAGACACGAUUCAACCCUAAGGCCGAUGUUUGGUCGUUUGGAGUCCUAAUGUGGGAGGCUCUGACGAUAGGCGCGACUCCAUACUUCCACAGUGCCAACAAGGACGUGGCGGCCAGGGUGCUGCGCGGCAUGCGGCCCUCACAGCCGUCCUACGUGGGCGACGAACUGUUCCAGCUGUGUCUGCAGUGCUGGCAGGUAGACCCCGAUGAGCGACCUACAUUUUCCAACCUAAUACAAGAAUUGAAGCCGUUUGCGGAAGCUGCGGGUUGCAGGAGCCUCAGCUUUACACACUACAACGGAUUUAACUACGAACCUCACGUAUCACAGUACGAAGUCGUCUCAUAGUAUUUAGGCAACUAACCAAAACAUAGUUUAAUAAUUAGGAUCCAAAGAGCUAUAUUUGAUACUCGGAUGUUAAGUGGAACUGCGUAGGUGGCCGUCAUGUCACGUGACUGCAACAUUUUUCCAUCAAGGGUAAUGAUGAUCGGGUUAUUACAUAUAGCUAUAGUCUAUAAUGAAUGUAAUAUUUUUGGUAAUACGACGCCUCAUAGAUCGAUAAGAACUAUUGUCUAUUUCUAAUUAUGCUUGCUGUGUUAAACUGGCGGUUGUGUUCACGUGGAACAAAUGAUCACGCAUGGUUUAAUAACAACCGCGAACCAUCGCUAAAACUACACAUAUUGUGGUCGAUUCCUUAUGACAAAAGAUAUACUUUAUUAUAACAAUAGUCGACCCUGUAUGUGACGCACGUUGUUUCAACAAGUUACCUUCCUAAAAUCUGUUAUGAUCAUACAUUAAAAUAAUAGUAUGAAACUAGUAGUAAGACAAUAACUUUAAGAACGAUUAAGCCCGUUGCCUGCGGUCCACGUCUAGGUAAUGGAUAUUAUAUAUACAGAUUAUCUUAUUCCUAGUUAUUUUAAGCUAUUAAGCCUUUUUCUAAUAUAAGAAUAACGUCAUGAUAAAACUCUAGCAGCUUAUUAAUCGAGAGCGUAAUCUUGCGACCAUUAUAAACAAUUGCAAAUUUAAAUAUCUAUCUAUUAUACUAUUUAUUCAAACGACAUUUUAUAUUUUGAUCAUGGAUAAAACAUUGCGCGUAUUGUGAUGUUAACCGCCAAUAUUGUUAAAAUGCACGUUUUUUUAAUAGUUUCGCGUGCCUUAGAUUAGAUAUACUUUCUUUAAAUAAUACGGUGAGAACUCGGACCUAGUAGUUUACGCGCUAUGAUUUUUUGGAAAGCGCUUUUACAACAAUAUAUUUUGUAAGUAAACUUGAAUGUCGAAUGAAGCCA